AAAUCUUAAAGAGGUCUCUCAAAUAAAAUAAAAAUAAAAAGUCUUUGAAAAUUCCAAGCCCAGUUGACUGCUCCGGCGACUGACCACAGCCUAAGGAAAAUGAAGCCUCCUUACGGUGCCCUCCUCCCCGUAGAACUUCUCUUCUUCCCUUCUCCUCCUCUUAUUCUCCCCAAACCCUAACAUUAAUCACAUCCUCCAAUCUCUCCCUCUCUUCCCUCAAUCAUGGAACCUAUUCUCCAAGCCCUGAUCGCCGCCGCCGGUAGCUUCUCCGCCAUCUCCCUUCUAUUCCUUGUCGUCCUCUUCUUCUGUCGCAGCCGUCCACCUAAGCCUCCUCCCCCUUUCCUCUCCAUCUCCUUUCCCACCCCUUCCUCCGCCCUUCCGCUCCCUACCCGCGAGCACAGCUUUUCCUUUGAUCCCUCCCUCCCCUACAUCUCCCUCUCCGAUCUGGAAACCGCCACCAAAAACUUUUCCCCUGAUCGCAUCCUCGGCGACGGUGGAUUUGGCUUUGUCUACAAGGCCAUCUUCCCCUCCGGCGCCCCCGUCGCCGUCAAACGUCUUUCCCCUGACCUCGCUCCCUUCCAAGGCUUUCGAGAAUUUCGCGCCGAGAUGGACACCCUCGCCCGCAUCCACCACCCCAAUCUCGCCCGCCUUCUCGGAUACUGCAUCGCCGGCUCCAACCGCCUCCUCAUCUACGAAUUCCUCCCCGGAGGCAGCCUCGACCAACGUCUCCAUGACCCUGACCCCGACUAUUUUCCGCCGCUCACCUGGUCCGUCCGCCUCAGCAUCCUCCGUGGCGUCGCCGCUGGCCUUGCCUUCCUCCACGAGGGAUGCCGUCCCAGCAUCAUCCACCGCGACAUCAAGGCCAGCAAUGUCCUGCUUGACGGCGAGUCUGUUGCCCGGAUCGCGGAUUUUGGAUUGGCGCGUUUGGUGGAAUCGUCUAGAUCGCACGUAUCGACACAGGAGGCGGCGGGGACGGUGGGAUACAUGGCACCGGAGUAUAGGGAGGGGGUUACGGCGGUGACGGCAAAGGGCGAUAUCUACAGCUUUGGGGUAUUGGUGAUGGAGGUGGUGACGGGAAGGAGGCCGAGCUGGCCAGUGAAGACGGAUGAUGGUGGAGAGAUAGGGCUGGUUAAGUGGACCAGGGCGAAGUUUGAAGAGGGGAGGGAGAUGGAGAUUUUGGAUCCUUUGAUGGGGAAGGAAGCGGUGGCGGAGACGGAGGUGAAGGGGCUGUUGGGAGUGGCUUACAGGUCUACCGAGGAGAGGCCGAGUAGUAGACCGUCCAUUGGAGAGGUGAUUAAGCUUUUAGAUAGCUUUUGACGGAGGCCAUUACCGACUUCACCUGUUUCUUUAUUUGUGCUACAGAUUGGGUUGGAAUGAAUUUCCGAGAUGAUGGGUUGUGAUUUGUCCCACAACUAGCUUAGCUUUUAUUCCUCCGUUUAUUAGUCAUUAAGGGUACAUUUUUUUCAUAGUUAUACGUUAAAGUUGAUAUAUUUGUGCCUUAUUGGAAGGAUUUGUUUUCCUGCCCAACUUAGUAUAGGGUUGUAUAAA